AUGCUCUCAGCUCCUGUCAAGUCGGCCAAGCGGAUAUCUUCGCUCUUCUCAUUGGGAUCGAACAAAGAUGGCUCAAUCUCAUCGCCCCGAUCCCCGGGCUUCCCCAGUGGCUCGCCAGACCAAGUCGCUUCGGAUCACCAGCGAAGCAACUCCCGUCCGACCCGUAUAGUCUCCAGUCCAUAUGAUGCAUACACAGAGCCCCGGACGGUUAUGUCUCCCGCUCCAAACGACGGCUUUGAUCUAGACGAGCCUCUUCCGCCGCCCCCGUCCCUCCUCUCCGUGAACCAAGACCUUGCAGGUAGUCAAGAGAGACCACAGAGCAGAGGGCGCAGAAGAUCUGGAAGCAGACCUUCCAGUUCUGCUGGGCUGUUUGUACCAGGCCAGGGACCGGAUUCGCGACCGGGCACCCCUUCUUCCAAGAGACGGAGUUGGAUCCCAGGACGACAACGGGCAAGUUCGGUCGAUACUCGGUCGAUGAUCUCGCCCACUCCCCAGCAGCCCAGUGCAUGGAUUGCUGGUUUGGAACAGAAGAUUCCAUACGACCUAGAGCCUCUUUCUCGGGGUGAGCACGUCCCCGAGUUGUGGAAUGAACAUGGCGAUACCUUCGUUUAUCUCUUCCCUCAGAACACUGGCAGGCCGCCAUCCUUCAAGGUCGACUCGACUGUCUUCGCCGAGUCACCUUCUCUCAACUUUUUGGCUCGUGGAACGGACAUGAAACCCAACUCACUCGAGCAACAAACCCGCUCCUUGUCGCUGGGCAGCCCGGGGGCCGGUGCCGCCUCGCCCCCCUUGGGCCCUCAGGAUCGAUACGCCGAAAAUGACAAUGACAGCUCCGGUAGCAGGAGAAUGGCGUUUGACGAUGCACCUGAUGAUGUUCCAGAGCUUCACCUUUAUCUGCCAAUUCCUCUCAACAGUGAUGUUUCCAAUCCUUUAGUCCGCACGUCCCAGGAGGACACGGAAACUCUGCUCCUGUUCCGGAACCUCUUCGCCUUCCUUCUAGGACAGUCCCUGAUUGCAACCCCUCGUUCCCCCUCCCUCUUCUCUAUCUUCAUGGAUGUCGCCUCCCUGCUUUCCCGUUUUGAGUUUACCAACUUUGAUGGGUCGAAUUUCGGUGAGACAGCAACCUCAAGCUUCAGCAACUACUGUGAUGAAUUGCACUUGGCCGACGCCCGCAAAAGCCGAGAAAAGACCAUCGAAGCGAUCGUUCUGGGAGAACGUCUUCGAUUCUACCCACUGUAUCUGGAGGGUUUCGUUCACGGUGUGGGCAAGCUGGACGAGCUGAAGCAGCUCCGAAGCCCGAAGUUCGCUCUUAUUAGUCCUACCACCCAGAAACGGUUGGAACGUGGCUUCAUCGAUCUGGAUACGCGUCUCCGAGUUCUUUACAGCAAGCUUGAUGAUUUUGAUUUCCCUUCUGCAUUUGCAGGAGCUGCCAAUUCGAACACCUCGGCGGAGAGCAAGGUUGUCCGGUUCAAAGCCUGGAAAGCAUCUUUCAUGGAGUUCAGACGAUUUACUAUGCAGUUCUACCGACAGAAGUACGGUUCAUGGCCUCCCAAGGCGCGCUCCAAGAAGAAUCAGUUUGAGGAGAGUGGUCUCAACCGGCAACUCCUCAAGGACCUGUACAACGACUUCACCAACCUGUACGACUUGCUGGUCGACCGAGAGAACCUCACGACCAGAACAAUUGAUAUGGCUUCGGAAACGACCGAAACAUCCGACCCCGACGAAUUGCUGACUAGGGCGCUGCGCCAAGUGAUGAGCGAGUAUGACAGAAGUACACCGCCCGUUCAGCCCCCAAUUCCGUUUGACAUUCCUCAACUUCCGUCGCUCAAGGCGUUGCACCAGAAACCGAUGGACGCCAAGAAGGAAGCCAAGCGAAAGGGCAAGAAGCUCAAGGAUGCCGAUAUCAACGCGGUUCUCAUGGGAUCCUACACCCGAGAAAGCAUCAAGCCGACUGCUUUCAUUGAGAGCUUCAUGCAGUUCGAGCGUCGCUGCGCUCACGGAAAGAACGUCAACGAUCUCAUCGAUUUACGAUGCGGUCAAUGGGUUUUCCUGUAUUGUGUCAUCCAGUCCCUGCCUUUGCUCGUGGUGGAUGUGCCUGAUGUCAAAUUCGUUGACGGGGUGGAGUACUUCCUCUGUAUCGCCCCUCGUGGCGGUGCACCCUGGAUCCAGAAUGACAGCAAGGCCGCCCGUAGCUGGUUCGGAGUCGCAGGCGGAGCUGGUGUUGUCAGCCUCCCGUCGGAUGUUGUCAUUAACGGUGUUGAGGGUAUUUACCGGCGCAGUCACUGCUGGAAGGUCGCUGAGCAGUGGGCUGAGAAGGACGCGAUCCUGGCACCACCGCCGGUCGAGGACCCAUACGAUAAUGAGUCCUCUCUGUCAUCGCCUUACCAGGCUCAGCAGUCUUCUACCGGUUCCUCAUCUGAGCAGCAACCACCGCCUUCUCUUCUGGCUCCCAAUGGGCUGACACCCCCUCCCCCGGCCAUCCCCCGGACGAACUCGCCAGCCGCCAGUCGGAGAGCUGAGCAUCGCCAUUCGAUCUACCCAGGUCUUGAGGCACUGCCACUGCCCGCCGGUGUCGCCCCCAUUGAGCCUCCUGCCAGGCCAAUCAGUCGGUUCAACCCCAACAUGAGCUUCGAUGAUAUCCUGAAGCAGGUUCCUCAGAAGGGAAAGAAAUAA